CACGCUACAAUCGUGUCGGGGACGGCACCUCCUCACAUCGCUCCUCAUCCAAGGAUACUGAUUAUUUACUGGAAAUGUCAUCGUCGAGCUCGCAAGUAGAGACAGUCCUGAUCACAGGAGCGGGUGGGUUCCUAGGCUCCCUCUUGCCCACCGCACUGGUGCAGCACGAGCCAGACACCCGCUUCAACUUCAUCCUUACCGACACCUUUGAGCCCAAGACGCCCUCCUUCUCUAGCCCCUCCUCCUCCUCCUCCUUCUCCUCUUCAGCAGAACACAAAGUGCAUACCCUCUCCUCGGAUCUCACCGAGCCCAAACAGGUGCAAGGCCUGUUCAACACCCCGCUGGGUAAGCCUGACACGAUCUACUCACUGCAUGGGAUCAUGUCUCUUGGCUCAGAGAAGGACUUCGAUCUUGGUGUGCGCGUCAACUUUGACUCUACACGGGAGCUUCUCAACUGCGCUCGACGAAUCAAGGAGGACAGUGGAGAGCCGGUCAAGUUUGUUUUUACCAGCUCGGUCGCGACGUACGGUGGUGCGUUACCCGACGUGAUCCUGCCCACUACGGCGUGCACGCCCGAGGGGGCGUAUGGGAUGGCAAAGCUCAUGUGCGAGUACAUGGUCACCGAGUAUAGUCGGAGGGGAUUCAUUGACGGUCGCUCCAUCAAGCUCCCUACCAUUGUAGUUCGACCAGGGCCCCCCUCCGCCGCAACCAGCUCCUUCGUCUCGGCCAUUAUCCGUGAGCCCCUUUCAGGCAACUCAACCCCCUGUCCCAUCGGCAAAUCCCUCGACGAUCCUCUCCUCUCCCAAACCGGAAUAUGGAUCGCCUCUCCCUCCACCACUCUCCAAAACUUUGUCCUCGCACGCCGGAUCCCCUCCUCGCGCUUCCCAUCCCAUUCACGAACCGUGCAGCUGCCCGGGUUCAAGGUCACCGUCAAGGAGAUUCUUGAGGCGUUGGGAGAGGUCUUGCAAGGUGGGGAGGAGGAGGUGAAGAGGAUGGUACAGUUUGAGGAUGAUGAGACUUGCAGACGGAUCGUUGCUAGUUGGCCGAGCGAAUUCGACGUUUCGUGGGCGGUGGAGGAGUUGGGAUUCAAGCCCGACUCGGGAGGGAUCAGAGGAGUCAUCCAGGAAUUCAUCGAGAGUCAGAAGAGCAAAGCAGGAUAAGGCGCAGGACUGAAGCAGGGAAGGACAGAGAGGACACGCAGGGGGU